GAUCUUGCCUGGGCAGGCGAGAGAAAGAGGGAGGCACACACCGAGAGAAACAAAGUAGCAAGUCCCUUUCCCACCCGGCUCUGUCCGCGAACUUCUGGGGCUGGGGGGCAAUGGAGGGGAGGGGGCCAGCCGCAGAGCUGAGAGCUGAGAUCUCCUCUCUCUAGUGCUCCCCAUUUUUUCCCCUAAACUUGAAUCCCUCCCCCCCCGCACCCUGUGAAAUUUAUUUUUGGAGGGUGCGUGUCCCCCACCCCACCCCCAUUCCUUCCUUCCUCCCUCUCCAAAGGGGUUUUUUUUAAUCAAUUAUAUUUGCCCCCCCCUCCCCCCACUACUCUUCUUCUUCUUCUUCCGCCGCCGAACCCCUCGAAGGAAGAUCCCGUCUUUAUGUUGUGCUGUCCGGAGAGACCCCUGAAGUCUUCCCGUCCUUUGUUUCUCCGCUUCUUUUUUAAAUGUAUAACUUGAUGGGUCUCAACAGCACAACCGGAGCCAGCCAGCCCAAUGUCUCCUGUACAUGCAACUGCAAACGGUCUUUGUUUCAGAGUAUGGAGAUCACGGAGUUGGAGUUUGUACAGAUAAUCAUAAUCGUGGUGGUGAUGAUGGUCAUGGUGGUCGUCAUCACGUGUUUGCUGAAUCACUACAAACUCUCUGCACGGUCCUUCAUCAAUCGGCACAGUCAAGGACGGAGGAGAGAGGAGAACCUAUCAUCAGAAGGAAGCUUGUGGCCUUCAGAAAGCACAGUGUCGGGAAAUGGAGUAACAGAGCAGCAAGUCUACACGCCGAGGCCUACGGACCGGCUUGCCGUCCCGUCCUUCUUGCAAAGGGACCGCUUCAACAGAUUCCAGCCGACGUACCCUUACAUGCAGCACGAGAUCGACUUGCCGCCCACCAUCUCUCUGUCAGACGGGGAGGAGCCCCCGCCUUACCAGGGGCCGUGCACACUGCAGCUCCGAGACCCGGAGCAGCAAAUGGAACUCAACAGGGAGUCUGUCCGGGCGCCUCCCAACCGAACCAUCUUUGACAGCGACCUGAUAGACAGCUCGGUUUACGGGGGGCCCCGGCCCCCCAGCAGCAACUCUGGCAUCAGCGCCACCUGCUACGGGAGCAGCGGCCGGAUGGAAGGGCCACCCCCCACGUACAGCGAGGUGAUCGGUCACUUCCCCGGCUCGACCUUUUACCAGCACCAACAGAACAGCGGCGGGGUGACCGCCAUACUGGAGGGGGGCAGGCUCCACCCUUCGUCGCAGUUCGGCAGCCUUGAGAGCACAACAGUGUGGAACAAAGAGAAAGAGAAGCAGAAAGGGCACCCCUUUUAAAAAAGAGCGAGAGAAAGAGAAUGAUAUUAAACACUCUGCACUUGUUAACCGGGGUGGGGUGGGGGGUCGGGGGGGAAGAUAUCGAGAGGCGGAGGCGCUGUGUAUGAAACGCAACGUCCGUCUCCAUAUAAAUAUUUACAUGUUUAUGUUUGGUCUCAAUGCACAAGCCAACCAAGCUUGCAAAACAUUUCUUUGUUGAGUUCUGUCUAGAAAGGUUGUUUUUUUUGGGGGGGGGUAUGUGUUCUGUUUUGUUUUUUUAAGAGAAAAAUACCCAAUCCUUUUUCUCUGCACCCCCCCCCGCACCCCACCUGCCACCUUUUGCGCCUCCCCCGGCCCCCAUUUUGUUUCUAGUUGAGCUGCGUGUUUCGGCGCUACAAUAUUUUUGUUGUUGUUGUUUAUUUCACUUAACUUUAAAAGACAAAAAUAUUUGCACAAAAACAUUUGUUUAAAGAUCUGCAAUAUAUAUAUAUAUAUAAAUAUAAAUAUAAAUAUAUAUUAAAAAAAUAAGAGAAACUGUAUGUGUGUUGGGGAAGCAGGUAUUUUUAUAUUAGAAGAGACUAUUGAUGAGGGGGGAAAGAAGAAGAAAAGUUUUUGUUGUGUUUUUUUCUGAACUAGAAUUAAAAAAAAUGGCAAUUUUUGUGAGGCAACUCAAAAGAGCAUGUAUUACAUUGUAAAAAAAAGCGAAACAAAAAAACAAAAAAAGCAGGGGUUUAGAGUUAUUUAUAUAAAUGUUGAAAUUUUGCACUAUUUUUUAAUAUAAAUGUGUCAGUGCUUGUGUUGGUCUAAAGCCUCUUAUCACAUCUACCACAAAACUGUUAAGGGAAACAUGUUUAUAACAGGGCAAUUCUGUAUGCUUCUACUCAGAAGUAAGCUCCACUGAGUUGAAUGGGACUUACUCCCAGGUAAAUGUGUAUAGGGUUGCAGCGGACGUAAGGACUAAAAAAGAGAAACUGAGGGAGGGAAUGCCUGUAAAACUAAAGCCACAGACCAGUAAGGAACAUCAUGUGAAGACUGCAUCUUGUACAUUUUCCUACUUUCCUAUUUUUGCUCUCCAUAGUCACUCGACCAGGUCUCAAACCUGAUCAUCACAUCUAUGACGCCUGACUACAGGUGUCCUCAAGAUACCUGACUGCAGAAUGUACACGGAACUGUAUCUGUUCUGAAGGGUGUUUAAUGCACGUGUAUAAACUACCCUUUCUUUUCUGGUAUGGUAUGAUUUCGACUUAAAGAGGAAAGAGGUCAUUUAUACAUUCGUGCAUACACCUUUCGAAAUUGGACACGGUUUCCCUUCUUUUUGCACUCAGGUGUCUGUUCCCAGGGAUGUUAAGUCACCACAAGAUUCCACUCUUGUACAUUCCCUUGGAAAUAAAGACUUUUUUAAAGAAAAAAAAUCAACAAAUAAAAUAUUGACUGUG